UCGUUCUUUUUCUCCUCUGCUGCACAGCUGCGGAUUUCGGAUAUCUCGUUCUGAGCAUUGUCACUGUCGGGUUUGUAAUUCUCACCCACCCUCGCGAAUCCAGUGUGUGUCGAGAUCCGGGCUUAGCGUUGACAGUCUUUGGAACAGGUGUUCGCUCGCUGCGGAAGCUGGGAUCGAGAGUUUGAAGCUUUGUUGAGGCACAUUCGAACAUUUCAUGGAUUCUUGCUGCACAUUGAGAACCGAUAGAUUGAGCGCUUUGGACAAAUUAGUGUUCGCUUCUGGCGGUGAAUCGAAGCAGAAUCCGUCUUGGUAAACUGCAGAGGCCUGGGCUGUUGGUCAGCAGGGAGUGGAACCUGCAAUCAUGGCGGACAUAGAUGUCGAGGAGAUGCCUAUGGCGCCCCACAUGUUGGCACCAGACAUGGUGGUGGAGCCCCGGGUGCAGGUAAAUAUCGAUUGGUCACAGGUAGAUUUGGACUCCAUUGAGCUCCCGGAAGGAGAAAAUUUUGGAAUUUUAAGCGACGACGACCAGGAAGAAGAGGAGAUUUUGGAGACGAACACGGGGUUCGGCAAUGUUAUCGUGGUUGACAAUCUACCAGUGGUCGCACCAGAGAAACAUGAGAAACUUGAAAACGUCAUUCGGAAAAUCUUUGGCCAGAUCGGAGUCAUAAGGGAAAGAGGUCUGUGGAUGCCCAGGGAAGAUGGAGAUGGAAAAACCAAAGGUUACGCCUUCAUCGAAUACACCACUCCCCAGGAGGCUCAAACUGCUAUAGAGCAGACGAACGGGUAUAAACUUGACAAGGCCCAUGUCUUCGCAGUCAACAUGUUCGAUGACUUCGAGAAGUACAUGAAAGUGCCUGACGAAUGGGUGCCUUUGGAAAUCAAGCCGUACACACCAGCCGAAAAUAUGCUCGCCUGGCUCACGGACGAUCGCGGUCGUGAUCAAUUUGUUAUUCGUUUUGGAUCUGACACCGAAGUUUUCUGGAAUGAUGCACGACAAGGGAAACCGGACCCCGUCUAUCAUCGUUCAUUCUGGACGGAAAGUUUCGUUCAGUGGUCCCCUCUUGGUACCUAUUUGGCGACCAUUCAUAGACAGGGAGCUGCUGUGUGGGGAGGAGCUCAAACUUUCAACCGUCUCACCCGUUACAUUCACCCCCAGGUGAAAUUGAUAGACUUCUCUCCUGGUGAGAAAUACAUGGUCACUUACAGUAGCCAUGAACCAAGCAAUCCUCGGGAUACACAGAGAGUUGCCCUGAACAUCUUUGAUGUCCGAAGCGGAAAAGUGCUGAGAGACUUCAAGGGAAGCGCGGACGACUUUGCCACUGGUGGAACUGGUGGUGUUGCUGGCGUUUCAUGGCCAGUAUUCAGAUGGGCUGGAGGCCGUGAGGAUAAAUAUUUCGCCAGAAUUGGCAAGAAUGUCAUCAGUGUUUAUGAGACCGAAACCAUGAGCUUACUCGAUAGGAAGUCCUUGAAAGUGGAUAACGUAAUGGAGUUCAUGUGGUCUCCCACUGAUCCUUUGCUCUCCCUCUUCGUUCCCGAGGGUGGUGGUGGAAACCAGCCUGCCAGGGUCAGUUUGAUCUCAAUUCCAAGCCGAGAGGAGCUCAGGCAGAAAAACCUCUUCAGCGUCAGUGAUUGUAAGAUGUACUGGCAAAGCAAUGGUGAUUACCUUGCAGUCAAGGUGGACAGGUACACGAAAACAAAGAAGAGCACUUACACUGGUUUCGAGCUUUUCCGCGUGAAGGAGAGGGACAUUCCUAUUGAGGUCCUUGAACUUGAAAACAAGAACGACAAGAUCGUUGCUUUCGCAUGGGAACCCAAGGGUCACAGGUUUGCCAUCAUCCACGGAGACGGCCCCCGACCUGAUAUCAGCAUUUACUCCAUGAGGAGCCCCAACAAUGUCGGCAGAGUGACCAAGCUCACCACCCUCAAGGCUAAGCAGGCGAAUGCUCUGUACUGGUCUCCCAUGGGCAAGUACAUUGUACUUGCUGGCCUCAAGGCUUACAACGGACAGCUGGAAUUUUACAACGUUGACGAGUUGGAGACGAUGGCCAGCGGUGAACAUUUCAUGGCCACUGAUGUUGACUGGGAUCCCACUGGAAGGUUUGUCGCCACAUCCGUGACGUCUGUUCACCAGAUGGAGAACGGUUUCAACAUCUGGUCAUUCAAUGGAAAGCUCCUAUACCGUCUACCACGAGACCGGUUCUUCCAGUUCUUGUGGCGUCCGAGACCCCCGUCAUUGCUCUCUGCCGAGGAAGAGGCCGAAAUUGCCAAGAAUCUGCGGAAGUACAGCAAGAAGUACGAGGUUGAGGAUGCUGAACAGUCGAACAUCAACACAGCCCAGGACUUGGAGCACAGGAGGAAACUGAUGGACGACUGGAAGAGCUGGGUUUCCCGCUGGAAGCAAAUGUAUGAGGAAGAGAAGCCUUAUCGCGAGGAUUUGAGGGAUGGGGAACCAAGUGACGACGAUGAAGAUUUGGAGACAGAAGAAGUAGAGGUAGAGGAGAUUAUGAAGUGCGAGGAAGAGGUUAUCUCUUACGGAUUCGAACAGGUCGAUUAGACGGGAAGUAAAGCUUGGUGGCAGCCCUUGGUCUUCACUAUGUAGCUCGUUGGGUCCAGUUUGAACCUUUGAAAAUCACUCGUUUUUUCGUUUGAGGAAAUUCUGAAAGCUUUUCAAGAGAAAAGCUGGGCCAGAAGAGUAUUGAACGCCUACCCCAGGAACGCCGGGGACAUCUGGCAUUUUUGACCUAUGAUUUUGUGAUCAUGGUGUAGAUUGAUGAAAUGCCCCGCCUCCAUUCAGAUGUAUAGUAAUGUGUUUCUCAAGUUUCGAGAUUCUUCCCGACAGUGAUUUUCCGGGCUCUUUCAAUGCAGCGUUCUAAAUGUUGGCCUGCCUUCAUUCAACCGUUGGUAAGUUUUGAACGGGAUGGAGUUACCUACCACUGUGCAAGGGUUGGAAACUGUGCUUUCUAGUGGUAAACUGUGAACGGGAUGAAGUCAUCUUAUACUCUUCGAGGGUUGGAAAUUGGUGCUCUCUUGCGGCAAUCUACUUCGCUUGGUGUCGAUAGUGAAGUCAGGA